UAUAUUUAUCUAAUAUUUAUAGUUACUUUCUGCUCCUUAAUACAAUCAUCUUCUUUGGAAAAAAUCCUCAUCGGUAGAUUAUGUGUAGCCUCAUUUCGAAGUCACACUGUCACUUGCCACACCUCCCUCUGCCACCCACUCGCACGAGCAAUGGAAUUGCGAGGGUGAGGAUGAGUGGGAGAAUGGAGGUGGUGUGUCGGGGAAUGUUGAAACCGAGGAAGUUCAUGCAGAGGAGGAGGAAACUGGAGGUUUUCAAGGAUCCUGCGGAUGAGGCUCAUCAGAAGAAUUGGAGGAGAAUCAUGACUGAAAUCGAUGACUCCGGUUCUGCUGUUUCUGUUCUCUCUUCCGAGAAUAUUAACAACCAGGGUGUUCCUAAAACCCUUAUUGUUGGUACCUUGAUUAGGUUUAAACAACUCAAGAAGUGGAACCUUGUCGUUGAGAUUCUUGAAUGGCUCCGGACUCAAAACUGGUGGGAUUUUGGUAAGAUGGAUUAUUUCAUGCUUAUCACGGCAUAUGGGAAGCUGGGAGACUUCAAUGGUGCUGAGAAGAUCUUAGCUUUGAUGAAUAAUAAUGGUUAUCCGCCAAAUGUUGUAUCUCAGACUGCUCUUAUGGAAGCAUAUGGAAGAGGAGGCAGAUAUAACAAUGCUGAAGCGAUAUUCCGAAGGAUGCAGAAAUGGGGUCCGGAACCUUCUGCUUUAACAUACCAGAUAAUACUUAAAACAUUUGUUCAUGGGGACAAGUUUAAAGAAGCUGAAGAAGUAUUUGACAGUUUACUGAAUGAUGAAAACUCGCCUUUGAAACCCGACCAGAAGAUGUUUAACAUGAUGAUUUAUAUGUUUAAAAAGGCUGGAAGUUAUGAAAAGGCCCGUAAGGCAUUUGCACUGAUGGCUGAACGAGGAAUUGAACAAUCUACAGUAACUUAUAAUAGCUUGAUGUCAUUUGAAACAAAUUACAAGGAAGUUUCGAACAUAUAUGAUCAGAUGCAAAGAGCUGAUCUCAGACCUGAUGUUGUGAGCUAUGCCCUACUCGUGAGUGCAUAUGGGAAGGCCCGGAGGGAAGAAGAAGCGUUAGCUGUAUUUGAGGAAAUGCUUGACGCUGGAGUCAGGCCAACUCGGAAAGCUUACAAUAUUUUACUUGAUGCAUUUUCUAUAUCGGGAAUGGUGGAGCAGGCUCGGACCGUGUUUAAGAGUAUGAGAAGGGAUAGAUUCUUUCCAGAUCUUUGCUCAUACACUACCAUGUUGUCUGCUUAUAUCAAUGCAUCUGAUAUGGAGGGUGCUGAGAAGUUUUUCAAAAGAUUGAUACAGGAUGGUGUUGAGCCUAAUGUUGUCACUUACGGAACCUUAAUGAAAGGGUAUGCUAAGAUAAACGAUCUUGAGAUGGUGAUGAAAAAGUACGAAGAAAUGCUUGAGCGGGGAAUAAAGGCCAAUCAGGCAAUUUUGACUACUAUCAUGGAUGCAUAUGGAAAAAGUGGAGACUUCGACAGUGCUGUUCAUUGGUUUAAGGAAAUGGAGUCUAAUGGAAUCUCUCCCGAUAAGAAAGCUAAAAAUGUUCUUCUAUCUUUAGCAAAAACUGAUCAAGAAAGGGAAGAGGUUAAUGAGCUCAUAGUGCAUUUCAGUGAAACUAAAAGUUUACCUAAUGGUAGUGGGGUUGUUAGAUUUGUUGAGGAAGACGAAGAAGAUAAUUAUGAAUAUUUUGAUGAUCAGCUGACCAAGGCUUACGUUGAACAUACUGCAGAGUGAAUUCGUUUUGCAAACUUUCAAGCGUCAUCAAGAGUAGCUCAAACGUGCCUUUAUCUAUCAACUUGUGUGUGUUUUCUUCAAUUCCAUCCUGUGUACGUGCCAAGUAACAAUAUUAGGUACAUUAGCUUACUUUUAAAAAUUUUAUA